AUGACCCAAGCGUCGGAGUUGGGCGUGGUCCGACCUCAGCCCAGCCUUGAGAUCGAUAAUACCGAUAGCGUCAGUUCCUCCUUUUUGGCCCUUUUUUGGCACUCACAAGAGUUUCGGUGUUCCAGGCGAUGAUUCUACCAUUUCUGCUGUUUCUCGUCCUUUUCGACAGAUGUUCUGCCAUCGGUACGCUCGAUUUUGAUUCUGUUUCUCAUUUGAAAGAUGAAAAACUUCUGAGCAGUUUUUCUUGGUUCGAACAUGUGAAUGACCUCCAACGAAAGGAUCUCCCUUUUCCAUCAUAAAAAUCAUUGUGACAAAAGGGUUCUUAAAAGUUUUCUUUUUGAGUAGGGACUUCAUUCUAUUGUUCAAAAUGAAGUUCAUGAUUUCAUGACGUUUUUUGAAUUCACAAAUCAAUAUAUCCUAAGAAAGAGAAAAAAAUUCUAUUGGCAAAAAUCGAAGGAUUCAGGAGCUAAAUUCGAUUAUUUCAUGCUCACGAAGAUUUAUCCUACGGCCGUUUGUAGAGCUGAUGACGACACAGGUUGGCAAUUGACCAUUAAAAUUUUAAAAAAAUGUUCAAAAGAGGGUUUACUGAAAAAAAAAAACAAAUUAAAAAAACCUUCUUGGCGAUUUUUAUUGAAUGGGAAAAAAUAUGUUUCAUUAUUUUACUCUGAUCGAAAAAGCAAUGUUUCGAACUUAACAAAGAAAAAAGAAACCGAACUUUGAAUUCUAGACUUGAACUGACAGACCUCUAAAACAGCUGUUCAGUUCCGGAUUCCUGCGAAAUCCCCGACGGGACCCCCAGCUGGACGAUGCACGGCCUCUGGCCCAACUUUGCCAACGGCAGCUAUCCUCAGUUCUGUCCGGCUGUGCCCAAACACUUCAACGAGGACCUCAUCAAGUUGAUCGAGCCCAAGUUGACGUCAGUUCUGUCCCCCGAGUUCCAGAUAACAGGGUCAGGUGCAGGAACUUCUGGCCGAACUUGUAUCCGAGCAAGUCGAAGGCGUCGUUCUGGAAGCACGAGUACGACAAGCACGGCACCUGCGCCCAGAGCGAGAAGAACUUCGACUCCGAACUCAAGUAUUUCCAGCAGUGCGUCUUUAGAUACACUUCACAAAAAGAAGAUUCAAUUAGGACUAACCUGUGCAUUUUGUGUCAAGAUCUGGCAAUGAAAAGAGUAGAUCUUCUCCCCUAACUGCAACACUUUUGAAAAACUUACGGGUACAAGUUCCGCACUUUUGCAGAUUAUUACGCUCGAUCGGCCACAAAAACUAACUAAUUUAUGAGAAGAGCUGCUGAAACUUUGCGCCUAGUCUUAUAAAUAGAUAAUUAAAUAAGGAAACAACUUUUUAUAUUUAGAAUUAGAAAAAUCAAUUUCGUCCUCACACUUUUUAUUCGCGAAACGGAAAAACGCCAGGAUGCCUAGAGUUUAAAAAAAUAUUUCCUCGGAAAUUCUUGAGAAUUUUUAGUUUCUUAAAAAGCCUACUAAUUUUGACGUUUGUUUAAAAAAAGUAGGAAAAAAACCAACAGAAUUUAAUAUUUCAUUUCAAUUACAAACGUUUUAAACCAAUUUUUCGCGUACAGCAUGAAGAGAAAGUUUUGCUUAUCUACCUGAAGUCUAUGUGCUCUAAAUGGAACUAAAAGGAGAAGACCAUUAUGAGGAAGCAAGAAUCGUCUAUAAACAAUCAAGAGUUCAGAGGCAAAAGAGUGAAGAAAUUCAGGGCGAUAGACCUCUUCGCCUUGUUCGACGUCGACGCGGCCCUUUCCUCGUUGCCGCGAGGGUCGCUCGUCACGAAAGCGGAGGUCCUGCAGGCCCUGCAGCCACUCUCCAAGAGCCAAUCCGUCCAGAUCCACUGUCUCCGCGACAAGAAGGUCUCUCUCAUCGGAAGAGACGUUUUCAGAAACCCGGUUUCAGACCUCUCAGACGCUCCUGGCCGACGUCCGUCUCUGCAUCAACAAAGAUCUCUCGCCUCGCGCCUGUCCCGACAGACUCAACAACCGACUUCCGACUGUUUCCGACGUCCUUCCAAACUUUGUUGUGAGCUCAUCUAGUAUAUUAGUCGAGGGAAAUGACUUUUUCAGCCGUGUCCUGGUCAAUUCGUCUACCUACCAUUGAGUCCAGAAACGACCUUCUCUCACCCGAAAAAUCUCAACUCUAUCUCUCUUUAA